CGCGGAUCCUCGCUCUGACAGCCUUAACCGUGAAGCUGACGAUGACUGCCAUAUGCGGCUUUGCUCUAGUUGAGGCGGCGGUCAUCACCGCACAGUCAUUUCCGACUCUACUACUAUCCCAGCGUCUUCUGUCUAUCCUCGCCCCUACAUCCGCGUCCGGCCCUCUGCCGCUCCUCUUAUCGCCGUACAGUGCCCUUGGCUUCCUCCUCAUCCUCUCCGGAGGCCUGUUCCGCCUCUGGGCAAUGCGUACGCUCGGCCAGUUCUUCGUCAUGGAGGUGUCUCUGCAGAAGGACCACAAACUCGUCAAGUCCGGCCCCUACGCGCUAGUUCGCCACCCGAGCUAUGUCGGGUACAUGUUCGUCAUCUUCGGGGACGUGCUCCUCCUGCUCGGCGGGGGCUCAUACUUGUCCGCGAUCGGGGUGUGGCAGUCCCGUGUGUGGGGCGCGCUCGCGUGUCUGGUGGCGGGCCGGUCGCUGUUCGUCGCGACCGUGCUCAUGCCGAGUCGGGCGGGGAGGGAGGACGCUGUGCUGCGAGAGGAGUUCGGGACGGAGUGGGAGGCGUGGGCGAGGCAGACGCCAUACAAGCUGAUCCCGUAUGUCUUUUAAACUGCUCUCAGCACGAUCGACAUAGACAGAAACAAGCCUUUGAAUGUUCGGUUCGCAGUCUGGCGGGAUUGUGUCUGUCGUGUAUGUCUGUCCCAUCCUCGUAACGCCAUUUCGUGUAGCUGAGACAGGGGUCAUCAGAGCCCGUUGUGGGCGAUUAUGUGGCCCAACAUAGCCCCCGAUGUGAUGUCUGCCACUGUGGUAGUGACAGUCGGCACAAUACCAUAGUAUGCAAGUUGCAUAAGAGAGUGAGUCCGUGGCCAGUCGCGAGUAGAAAACUACUUCGCCCUAGCCGGCCGAGCCCGACAGAUAUGGG